UCAAAAGGGGAGCGGGUGAUUCUCCGAUGUACGGGAAGAUAACCUCAAAAAUGGAGAAACGGACGAUAUUGAACUCGAUGCACAAGUACCAACCGAGGUUUCACCUGGCGAGGGCCAAUCACAUCUCGCAGCUCGCCUACUCGACGUUCAGGAGUUACGUUUUCAAGGAAACGGAAUUCAUCGCGGUGACCGCUUAUCAGAACGAAAAGAUCACCCAGCUGAAAAUCGACAACAACCCGUUCGCGAAAGGAUUCCGGGACACGGGCGCGGGGAAGCGGGAGAAAAAGUGAGUAUCGCUUUCAAAACUUUGUCAAACACAAAACCACGUAAAGAGCCCCCAUGAAAAAGGUUUGCGAUUUCUCUGUCGCAAAUGAUAGCCACGUGACCCUCACGUGACGGUCACAUGACGAUCAUGUGACGGUCACGUGAGGGAUAACUAGUACCAUUCCUUUUUUCAUGGCGGCUUUAAAAACUUCUUUGUCAGAAGAACAACACCGACAAGAGUACUAUCAAUUAAAAUACUAUCGAAAUACUUCCAUGGAAAAAAAAAAAAAAAAAAAAAAAAACCCAAACCUACCCAAGUUCCCACAACAGGACCCAUACAGGCAGAAUCCCGAAAGCCGUGGAAACCCCUUUCCCGGCCACCCCUAUGAAACAAAAACCAAUUCGCAGGCAUGUCUUCGAGGUCGACCUAAUUGAUCGCGGAGCAUUUUGGGGGUCUCUCCCCUCGAUCCGCGCUAUUAAGGUCGACGUAUCGACCUCAGGGUCAGCCCCCAGGGCCUGGGGUUGGUUUCACGGGGCUCAUUUGCACCCCGAGCGGCCGCUAGCAUCGUCCAUUUGUAUUCAAUAUCGCGGGUUUAUGAGCUUAUGUCAGCGAGGGUUCGCCGCCGCAUCGAGAGACCCAUUUCAAUUUCAUUGGUCGCGUUCGCGGGGAGUGGCAGGGGGGAGGGGGGAGGGGGGGGACCCGUGACUCGAGUGGAUUCUGACGAGGUUAAGUUGCUAUGCAUAGGUCUCGUGCCGCCCUCGUUAACGUUGCUAAUCCUCGUUAUACGCACUCAUCGGCGACCCAAAGCCCAUGUAAGCUCUGCCAAUUUGCCUACUCGCGUACGGCAUUAGUGGAUAUUUCAGGUGCGGUGACUGCGAUUCGUGAAGACAUCUAAGUGAAGGGGGGUUGGCGGGAAUUCGUUUGGGGACGCUUUCCGAUCGUUUAGCCGGGUGAU